CAUUGCUAUGCUGUGUAGGUAGUACUAGUAGUAGUUGUCAAACAAGUUUGCGGUCAUCAAGUUUAAAGAACCAAGAGUAAAAACAGGUUUAGGAACCAGCUGUUGAGAUGGCUCACUACAAUGGAGGAAAUCCUACACAAGGAGGUGGAAAAGGCGGUGUAGGCCUACUCACCACAGUUAUUGAAGUUGAAGACAAAUGGGCAGUAGUAAGUUUAUCUGACUGCAGUCGUGGCCUCGUGACCAAAGGCCAGAUCCGCCGAGGAAAUCUGCAGCCAGUCCAAACCAUGAAAGACUUCCUACGGCCAGGUUUCACUGUGGUCACCAGCAUCAGGAAAGCCAAGUAUGCGGACAGCGACGCCCACAGACACUACUGCAACUGGGUGGUGACAAAAAUCAUCCGGCAGAAUGGAUUGAUCUUGCCCCCGGCCCCGUACUAUCGUGACCCAUCCAACUUUUUUGACUUUCAAGUUGAUAAGAAGAGAACGGGGUUAAGUGUAGACAUCCUCGGAUCAUACACCGGAGAAGCGGUGUAUUACCUGAGAAACUGCCUCAAGAGUUGGAAUGGCAUCUCAUUGGAAGCUAUUAUGGACAAUCUGUAUCAAGGCGCGAGCCGAGAAGUCUUAGAUGGUUUAGACUCGGUUGAAACUCUCGCAACAUUCGUACAGAGUCUUCCUCGCUUUUUCACCCUGACUUCCCUGGGAUUUCUCUACUCCAAUAGCCAUCCCGAAGUGACGUGCAUUGAGGCUGAGAUCCAACGACGGUUACCGGCGUUUGACGUCGGCAUUUUCGGUGACAGAGCCAUCAUCAUCAGCAAACCUUGGGAAGUCGCUAAUGUCGUCAACAUGAUCAUAAGGGAAAGGCAAUUAAGUGUCGUUGCAUUUGAUACUGAGAGAGCUACCAAGGGAUCUUCAGAGUACCUGUCUACCAUUCAAAUUGCUCCCAUGGGGAACGAUUCCCAAGCAUACAUAUUUGAUGUCAUGAACUGGUCUAAUAAGAAUUUCCAUACCAGCCAACUGAAGAAACUACUGGAGAGCGACAGUGUCAUCAAGGUUGUGCAUGACUGUCGAGGAGACAGUGCUGUUCUGGAGACCUACGACAUUUGCCUCACCAACGUCUUCGACACCGCAGUUGCCUAUACAACCAUCAUGGAGCAGUCAAACACAGUUUACGCACCCCCUCCAAACUUCUCCAAACUCUGCCAGAUAUUUGGACGCUUCACCCCUCAGCGAAACUCCAAGAAUGUUUAUCAGGGUAAUCAGAACUACUGGGCCUAUCGACCAUUCACUAAGAACAUGAUUGAUCACGCUGCCAGUGAUGUGCUGGGGUUGGCCACAUAUGUUUAUGAAAACAUGAGAAGUUUUAUGAAUCCCAGCUGGAAGUCUAGAUUUGAUGCUCUGUGCAGAAAAAGUCUAAAACAUUGACUCAGACGAUGCGAGUUCUUGGACGGUGACCCAUUGUGAAGAGUGAUCCCAAAACCACAAUAAAGGAAAUUCUCAUGGAAGAGAAGAAAAAGAAUCUUUUAAACCGUGGGUUAUGAAGGUGAACUUUAAGGAAUUGUGUCGACAUGAUCAAAGCAAUUUAGAAAUGUCACCCCCAGUACAGCAUGCAUGCACACGCCCUCCUUAUCCUAAGAGAGCGUGCAUACGCGUGCAGUAGCUGGGUGAUGGUUUAUAAUUCCAUGUACAAUACAGCCACAUGCCUGUUUUGAUCAUGAUGACACAAACCCUUUAAUGGUAGGGUCGUCGUUAGGUUGUUGUCAACGUAAUGCUGGUUUAUACAGGCAAAAUUAUCAAGACAGAUAGGCGUACACUAAAAUUCAUCUGUGAAACAUUCAGUUGAUUAUAGUGCUACUUAUUGAGAAAACAGAAACAAAAUCAGUCCUGUUAAUUUUUAUCAAGAAUGUCAAUUCCAUCCAUUCUAAAAGGCCAGUAAAGGUACUUUUUUUACAAAGAGAGUUGAGAAAAAACAGUGUAUUCAUGUUUACGAAAAAGUUGUUGAUAGUUUUCUAAAUAAGUUUAAGUGUCUUGGGGAUAAAUUACAUUGUUUUGUUUGUUAAGCUUUCUAGAUACAAAAUCAGGGUUGCAAAAAAAUAAACUACCAAAUUGAACAAACUAAAAACCAGCGAAAUUUGUCCAAUAAUAAGUGUUGACAUUUCAUGACAUUGACAACAAAAGCCAUUUGGGGCCUAGAAACAUUGAAUAGGCCAGAAUAGUUACAAUUAUAACACACCUCUUGCUUUUUCUGUAUUCUGGUUGGCUGAAACACGGUCACGUGGGAUGAAC